AAAAAAAAAAAAAAGAGAUAAGCAUUUGACAGAAGAUAAAAAGAAGAGAGCAAUGCACUGCAUUUCGCUCCCCGGCUCUCACCGCCCGGUGCUUUCUCCACCCAAAACUUCCUUCAAAUUGGCAUGCCACGUCAGCCCUAGGAUGUCCCUCAACGACAACAAUAACAGCAGCAGCAGCAGCAACGGUUUCAAUCUAAUCGACAACAUCUCCAAGCUCCUCUGGGGUCCAUCCCUACCUCCAGGCCUCCUAAUCUCCACCGUCCGUACCGCAUGGACCUCCACGUGGCAGAUCAUGAUGUCCCAACUUGCUCCCUCCGAUUCCUCCGGCGGUUACACUAGGCCUCCCUCAAAGUUCCGGCUCUCCCGCCAAAACCCAACCGCCAAACUCCACCUCUACGUGAGCCUCCCCUGCCCAUGGGCCCACCGGACCUUAAUCGUCCUUGCCCUCAAGGGCCUCGAAGAAGCCGUCCCCGUCUCCAUCGCAGCCCCCGGUCUCGACGGCUCAUGGGAAUUCAAAGAUAUCCCCGACAAGGAUAAAAGUAGGGACCAAGAUAUUCUUGUUCCAAGCAGGGACAAGGUUAACGGGUUCCGGAAUUUGAAGGAGGUUUAUAAGCUGAGAAAAGGCGGGUAUGAUGGGCGGGCCACAGUGCCAAUGCUGUGGGACAUGGAGAAGAAAGAGGUGGUUUGCAAUGAGAGUUAUGAUAUUAUUGGGUUUUUCAAUUCGGGUCUAAACGGGUUGGCCCGCAACCCUGGUUUGGAUCUCUCGCCAGUGGAGCUGAAAGGGGAGAUUGAAGAGUGGAAUCGUGUGAUUUACCCGAAUGUUAAUAAUGGGGUUUACAGAUGUGGAUUUGCUCAAAGUCAAGAGGCAUAUGAUGUUGCAGUGAAUGGUUUGUUUACUACCUUGGAUAGGAUCAAUGAUCACUUGGGUAGUUCGCGGUACUUGUGUGGUGACAGAUUGACUCUUGCCGAUAUUUGCUUGUUUACUACAUUGAUUAGGUUUGAUCUCGUCUAUAAUGUUUUGUUCAAAUGCACGAAGAAAAAGCUGCUCGAGUUUACCAAUCUUCAUGGUUACAUGUGCGAUAUUUAUCAGAUUCCAAAGGUUUCUGCCACUUGCAAUUUUCCGGCAAUUAUGGAUGGUUAUUACCAGAUGCUUUUUCCAUUAAAUCCUGGCAGCAUUCGACCUGUUAUGCCCUCAGGCUGUGAGCAUGAAUUCCUCUUGAGACCUCACAACAGGGAAUCGAUAUCUUCAGUAGGUAAAAGUAUACAACAUGUUUUCUAAGUAGGCUCCUAAGUCCUAACACAUGUAAAGCUGUAUAAGCAUUGGCAUGUAAUGUUAAUUGUAAAAAUAUAUUCAUCAAAUAAGAAAUUAUGUGAAAUUUCCAACUAGUCAUUUCCUUUGAAACCAGGUUUUUUUUUUUUUUUUUUGUUAAUAUUUUAAGUUAUCAAAAUUUGAGCUCUAAAUCUAUCACUCUAUCAAUAGAUCACGUGACUUGAACAAAUUGCAUUUUGAGAACCGAACAGUAAGACAAAUUUAUAUGGCCAUACUAUGAAAAAUGUGUAGUGACGGUCAAUUCAAUGGUAUUUUAACUUCUGUUUUUCUCCUUUUGGUACUUGUAGUAUAUGAAGCUGUACCAAUACCAGCAUCUAGUUUUGAGAGCAUGUCAGAGGUUACAUUGCCAUAGGAUAAACAAGAAAAAUCUGAUGUUAGAUCAGAAUGACAUGAUUAAUUAUUGUAGUAAGCAGCAGUGCAACAACAAAGUUGGCAACGUUUUGUUUGUGAUCAAAGCUCAUCCUUGACAAUUAGACUUCACUCUGCUAGAUCAACUAGAAAUCCUCAAGUUGCUCAAAUGUUUAUUGAUCAAGAUUACAAGAACGAAGGGAAAGAAUAAAUGAAUGAAUGAUUCCAAAAAAAAAAAAAAAAGGGAUGGGCCAA